CACCGCCGCCAGCAUGUCUUUCGGACCUGUGACACAGCGGCCACCUUGAGGAACGCCCAGGUUCCUAAAGGAACGGCACGCCCUACACACUGAUAAGGGGACCGGACGCGCGCAACGGAGUUCCCCGAGGGCUUUCGUUUUCCACCGAAGAGGGAAAAAAAGGGGGUGGGCUGGCCGUGUAAACACUCCGAGGAAGAAGAGGAGGAGGAGAGAAGGGCUGGUUGGGAAGGAAGGGCAGUUGCUGGUGGCUCGCUUCCAGGAAGCUAAGGGAGGCGAAGCGGUGGCUCCAGAAACAAACUAAGCGCCCCCCCUUCCUGGGGAGUAAGUUUCUGCAGCAAGAGGGAAGCAGCGCGAAGCCCCACCCGCCAUGGCGAGCUCCAAGCGGCAGAGAAGCGCCAAAAAUGCCUCAGGAGAAAUUCACGUGGAUAGCAAGAAUGUGCUGCAGCAUUUAAAAGAUGGGCAGCAAAACAUCACAGAAACAGAUGCCAUGGACGAAAGAAUCAAACAGCUCUUUGACCCAGCAUCAGAAUACAAAAUGAACCAUAAGAGAAGAGGACUUGCUCUCAUCUUCAAUCAUGAGCGUUUUUAUUGGCAUUUAAUGUUACCAGAGAGACGUGGCACCCUUGCUGACAGAGAAAACCUGAAACGCAGCUUGUCAGGGCUUGGAUUUGAAGUAAAAUGCUUUGAUGAUCUGAAAGCAGAAGAUGUGUUGCAGAACAUUUACAAUGUGUCCACAGCCCAACAUGAUGAUGCAGAUUGCUUUGUAUGUGUUUUCCUAAGCCAUGGAGAAGAUGACCAUGUUUAUGCCUAUGAUGCCAAAAUUGAGAUACAAACAUUGACCAACAUGUUUCGAGGAGACAAAUGCCCAAGUCUUGUAGGGAAGCCAAAAAUAUUUAUAAUUCAGGCAUGCAGAGGAGAUAAGCACGAUGACCCUGUCAUAGCUCAUGAUACUGUGGAUAGCAGAGAAGAAUCCAGUAUCAAUGAAACCACAGUAGAUGCAGCUGCAGUAUAUACCUUACCUGCUGGGGCAGACUUCCUCAUGUGUUAUUCUGUAGCAGAAGGGUACUAUUCUCAUCGUGAAACUGUGAAUGGUUCUUGGUACAUUCAAGACCUGUGUGAGAUGAUAAGGCGAUAUGGCUCUUCUUUGGAGUUCAUAGAGUUACUGACACUUGUUAACAGGAAGGUAUCUCACCGCAAAGUGGAUGUGUGCAAAGAUAUUCAUGCACUCGGUAAAAAACAGAUUCCUUGCUUUGCAUCAAUGUUAACUAAGAAGUUGCAUUUCCGCCCCAAAUCUUAAAUAGUGUAGGGUGUGGCAGUUAAGACAUCAAUCUUGUUUAUUCAUUUGUUUUGUCGGUUUUUGCUGUAGGAGACAUAUUAAGUCAAAUAUACAACUUGCUUGAAUUAUGGAUUUAGGACUAAAUGUAGUGUUAGCUCCGACUACAGUAGUGUGAGUUAAAAAAAAGGGAUUUGUCAGCCACAAGUAGCAUAAAUUUGAUUGAUGUCAUUUUAGGCGGUGACUAACACUGGAUUUUGUUCUUAGGCUGCAGUUUUAUAUGCACUUACUUGGAAGUAAGCCCUAUUGAAUUUAUUUGGGUUUACUUGAGUGGACACAUUGAAGUAUGCUAGGAAGUGUUCAGUUAAUUGUUUUUAGUUUGCUUGCCUCACCGUAGAUUUUUAGUCAACUUAGCUUAUUUCUAAAGUAGAAAUGUUCAUGGCAGGCCCAUGCAGUAUAAUUAGAAGUAGCAGAGAGGCUUUUUAAAAAUGCUGUCAAGUACUGAAAAGAACUUUUGAAAUCUGAAACAAUUUUCUCAAAAUGCAAAUAGAAAUCCAAAAUAAACUUUUAUAUUGACAAAACUUCCAUGAAAUUUAACAUUUAAGUAUUUGAUACACUGCAUCUAAAAGGAAAUGAACAUUAAGAUGGACUCAGGGAAGUUUAGAAAAUCAAGUCAAAUAAAGGAACCAUUGGCCAAUUUUUUUUACUAUAUUAAAGGUUCCACUAAGCUACUAUUUGUAUCCCAUUUUGUAAUUGAGAUUUUGUACUUUUAGGAGUUUUCAGUAGUUUGUCUUUUACAUACUAGAACUAAGUGGGUGACUAUUUCCUUAAUCUGCUGUAUGGUACAGACUUCACCCCUUAUUUAACCAUUGCUAACUGCCUUCUCAGUACAGUCACAGAUUCAUCACUGACAUUCUUAUGACUGGAUAGAGCAAGCAUAAUAGCACCAGCCAUCAUAGGAGCUAACUUGACCUAACUCAGGCAGUAUCCAAUGGUGUUUUCGUAGAUGUCUGAGACAUACACUACAGUAUUCUGGCUUUCUUUAUGCCUCUAGUUUCCCUGGACUUAACUGCUGGCCUAAUGCUCAAGAAGAUUAUUCCAUUACAUACUUGUUGUCCUGUGGAGUUCACUGUUUUAAAUUAAGAUACUGCUGGACAUUUUGUUUGUGGUAUGUUAUAAAUCAUCACUGUCUAUGGAAAAGUUUAUGUAUGCGUAGAUAAUUGGAUUAUUAUGAGAGACAUUUUGCUUAAGACAAAG